CGUGGAAGCAGCUAGCGCGAGGCUGUGAAGCGCUGAGCCGCGCGUCGUGCCCUGCGCUGCCCAGACUAGCGAACAAUACAGGCAGGAUGGCUAAAGGUGAUCCCAAGAAACCAAAGGGCAAGAUGUCUGCUUAUGCCUUCUUUGUGCAGACAUGCCGAGAGGAGCAUAAGAAGAAAAACCCCGAGGUCCCGGUCAAUUUUGCGGAAUUUUCCAAGAAGUGCUCUGAGAGGUGGAAGACAAUGUCUGGGAAAGAGAAGUCUAAAUUUGAUGAGAUGGCAAAGGCAGAUAAAGUGCGCUAUGACCGGGAAAUGAAGGACUACGGACCAGCUAAGGGAGGCAAGAAGAAGAAGGACCCUAAUGCCCCCAAGAGGCCACCGUCUGGAUUCUUCCUGUUCUGUUCGGAAUUCCGCCCCAAGAUCAAAUCUACCAACCCUGGCAUCUCUAUUGGAGACGUGGCCAAGAAGCUGGGUGAGAUGUGGAAUAACUUAAGUGACAGUGAGAAGCAGCCGUACAUCAACAAGGCUGCGAAGCUGAAGGAGAAGUAUGAGAAGGAUGUCGCAGACUAUAAGUCUAAAGGGAAGUUUGAUGGCGCAAAGGGCCCUGCUAAAGUUGCCCGGAAAAAGGUGGAAGAGGAGGAUGAAGAAGACGAGGAGGAGGAAGAGGAGGAGGAGGAGGAGGAGGAGGAUGAAUAAAAAAACUGUUGAUCUGUCUCCUUGUGAAUACCUUAGAGUAGGGAGCGCUGUGAUUGACACACCUCUUCCCUGAGCCGAGUCUGUUGCCCUCAUUAGGUUUAAUUACCCAACUGGAUCAUGAUCAUAUUGUAGUCUCUCAAAGUGCUCUAGAAAUUGUCAGUGGUUUACAUGAAGUGGCCAUGGGUGUCCGGAGCACCUGGAAACUGUAUCAAAGUUGUACAUAUUUCCAAACAUUUUUAAAAUGAAAAGGCUCUCGUGUUCUCCUCACUCUGUGCACUUUGCUGUUGGUGUGACAAGGCAUUUAAAGAUGUUCCUGGCAUUUUCUUUUUUUCCUUUUUUUUAAAAAAUUUGUAAGGUGGUGUUAACUAUAUGGUUAUUGGCUAGAAAUCCUGAGUUCUCAACUGUACAUAUCUAUAGUUUAUAAAAAGAACAAAACAACCGAGACACACUUGAUGCUCCUUGCUUGGCGUGGAGGCUGUGGGGAAGAUGCCUUUCGGAGGGGCCGUAGCUCAGGGCGUGCACUGUGAAGCUGGACCUGUGGACACCGCAGUGGGCAUCCAUGUCGCUUCAGGUUGUCUUGUUUUUGUAUAUAGUGACCUAGCGUUCUGCCAUUCUUAGCUGUGAAGAAGGGGGGGUUCAGCUGGCAUGAGAAGUGUUUGGAUCCUUUUUAGUUGAAGUGCGGUAGUUUUAAACUGUUUGUUUUUAAACAAACUAGAACUCUUCAUUGUCAGCAAAGCGAAGAGCCACUGCAUCAAUGAAAGUUCAAGAACCUUCUGUACUAAACACAAUUUGCAAUGUUCUGUUAUUUUUUUUGUAUGUUUAGAAUGCUGAAAUGUUUUUGAAGUUAAAUAAACAGUAUUACAUUUUUAAAA